AUGGACGAACUUUUCGACGUCUUCGAUGCCCAACCCGACACGGAGCACCCCGAGUCGCACAGCGAGCCUGAACCCGCUGAGCCUUCUAAGAAGUCGCGUAAGAGGGAAAAGAAGAGCAACAAGCGCAAGGCCGACGGCGCAAUCAAAAAUGGCGUGGUGGGCAAGCAAGAGGAUGCUGAGAUGGCCGACGCCGAUGAGGUCUCUAAGGACGGCCACGGUGGGGAGCAAGCCGAAGACGCCCGUUCGACCUCUGAGGAGCAGGAGGAGAGCCACAAGCGACGGAAGAAGGAAGACGAGGCCCAGCCCGUCUUGACAGAUACCUUCCAGACUGCCCAGUCGAGAGAGGUCGCCAGUGCCGCUAUUUUCACCCAGGCACAGGAUGAGGCCCUCGUUUUGUCCCACAACAUCCAGCACCAGGUCGCCCUACCUCCUGACUUGGAUCAUGAAUACGUCCCGCUAUCCGAGCAUAAGCCGCCCGCCGAGCCCGCGCGCAAGUACAACUUCAAGCUGGACCCUUUCCAGAGUUUGUCCGUCGCCUCCAUCGAGAGAGAGGAGAGCGUGCUGGUUUCUGCACAUACCUCUGCCGGAAAAACCGUCGUCGCCGAGUACGCCAUUGCCCAAUGUCUGAAGCGUAACCAGAGGGUUAUCUACACCAGUCCCAUCAAGGCUCUUUCCAACCAGAAAUACCGAGAUUUCGAAGCACUGUUCGGCGACGUCGGCCUUAUGACCGGUGACGUUACCAUCAACCCUACUGCCAGCUGCCUGGUCAUGACCACCGAAAUUCUGCGAUCCAUGUUGUACCGCGGCUCCGAGAUCAUGCGCGAGGUUGCCUGGGUUAUCUUUGACGAGAUUCACUACAUGCGCGACAAGACCAGAGGCGUGGUUUGGGAAGAAACCAUCAUACUGCUCCCCGAUAAGGUUCGCUACGUUUUCCUGUCUGCCACCAUUCCGAACGCCUUCCAGUUCGCAGAAUGGAUCGCCAAAAUCCACCACCAGGCGUGUCACGUUGUUUACACCGACUUCCGACCCACGCCUCUCCAGAACUAUUUCUUCCCUGCUGGUGGUAAUGGUAUCUUUUUGGUUGUGGACGAGAAGGGCGUCUUCAGAGAGGGUAACUUCCAAAAGACUAUGGCCCUGAUCGAGCAGGGCAAGGGACAAGACCCGAAUAAUGCCAGCGCAAGCUGGAAGGGCAAAGGGGCCAAGAAACAGACCCAAAAGGGCGGAGCAGCGGCUGACAUGAAAGCCGACAUAUCCAAAAUUGUCCGCAUGAUUAUGCAGAAAAGCUUCCAUCCUGUCAUCAUCUUUAACUUCAGCAAAAAGGAGGUCGAGAACCUGGCUUUACAGAUCUCCCACUUCCAAUUCAACAACGACUCGGAGCAGGCCAUGGUCAAAACCGUCUUCAACAACGCCAUCCAGAGCUUGUCCGAAGCCGACCGCGAUCUGCCGCAGAUCCAGAAUCUGCUCCCUCUUUUGCAAAAGGGCAUUGGUGUGCAUCACUCUGGUCUUCUGCCUAUUCUGAAGGAGACCAUUGAGAUCCUCUUCCAAGAGUCUCUUAUCAAGGUGCUCGUUGCGACCGAGACCUUCUCCAUUGGUCUCAACAUGCCUGCCAAGACCGUUGUCUUUACCCAGGUUACCAAGUGGGACGGUACUCAGCGGAGGCCUCUCACACCCUCCGAGUACAUCCAGAUGUCUGGACGUGCUGGUCGUAGAGGCUUGGAUUCUCGCGGUAUUGUCAUCAUGAUGAUAGACGACAAGAUGGAGCCCGACACUGCGCGCGCCAUUGUUGUCGGCGAGCAAGAUCGCCUCAACUCCGCCUUCUACCUCGGCUACAACAUGAUCCUGAACCUGCUCCGAAUCGAGGCCAUUUCUCCCGAGUUUAUGCUUGAGCGCUGCUUUCACCAGUUCCAGACUGGCGCCAGCGUCCCGACCCUGGAGCGCGAUCUCAUGGCCCUCCAGCAAGAGAGGGACAGCAUGUCGAUCGCUGACGAGGCCACCGUUAAGGAUUACUACAAUCUGCGCAACCAGCUGGAGCAGUACACCAGCGAUAUGCGUGCAGUUAUCCAACAUCCUGAGCACUGCAUUGACUUCAUGCAGCCUGGUCGUCUGGUUCGCAUUCAUGAUCCCAAGAAGACCAACAAUACCAUCGGAGGUACCGACUUCGGCUGGGGUGUUGUUACAAACCUAGUCCGACGCCAACAAGGCAAGCCCACCGAGCCCGAAUAUCCUCCUCAAGAGUCCUGCGUCAUUGAUGUCAUGAUGGUCGUGGACCGGAAUAGCGCCCCUAUCGCCGAAGGUGCCAAGCUGAUUUCCGGAGACCUCCCUUCGGGGCUGGUUCCUUAUCCCAAGCCCGAACAACCUGGCAACGGGGCUCGCUUCGAGAUUGUGCCCUGUCUCUUGACUUGCGUCAAGGCCAUCAGUCAGAUCAGGGUCUUCAUGCCAAAGGACUGCAAGUCGCAGGCGGCUCUUGAGGAAGUCGGCAAUUCUCUCCGAGAGGUUCACCGACGUUUCCCUGAUGGUCUUCCCAUAUUGGACCCCGUCGAAAACAUGGGCAUCAAUGACGAUUCGUUCAAGGCCCUGAUGAGGAAGAUUGAGAUGUUGGAGGCACGUCUUCUCACCAACCCUCUCCACGGGUCACCGAUGCUUCCCCAACUUUACCUUCAGUACCGCGCCAAGGAAAAGCUGGGCGAACAGAUCAAGGCCAAGAAGAAGGAGAUUGCGAGACUCCACAGCAUUGCUCAAAUGGACGAGCUCAAGGCUCGCAAGCGUGUUCUGCGUCGUCUUGGGUUCCUCAACGAGUCCGAGGUUGUCGAGCUCAAGGCUCGUGUCGCCUGCGAAAUCUCAUCUACUGAGGGCCACGAGCUUGUCCUUGCCGAGCUUUUGUUUGACCGCUUCUUCAACGAGCUGUCUCCCGAGCUCAUCGCGGCGACGCUCAGCUGUUUCGUCCUGGACGAGAAGCUCGAGACGGCCGCUCUGCGCGAGGAGCUGGCGAAGCCCUUCCGCGAAGUCCAGGCCAAAGCAAAGCAGGUCGCCAAGGUCAGUCGCGAGAGCAAGCUUGAGCUUAACGAAGAGGAAUAUUUGGCCGGCUUCAAGUGGCAGUUAAUGGAGACUGUCUACUCUUGGGCCCAGGGUAAACCCUUUGCAGAGAUUUGCAAAAUGACCAACGCCUACGAGGGUUCUUUGAUCCGCCUGUUCCGCCGCCUCGAAGAGCUCCUACGCCAGAUGGGCCAGGGUGCCAAGGUCAUGGGCAGCGACGAGCUGACUCAGAAGUUCGAGGACAGUCUCGCCAAGAUCCGCCGUGACAUUGUUGCGGCCCAGAGUCUGUACCUCUAA